AUGUCUACUAACACAAGUGACUCGACUGGAAGCAUCAUCACCGAAGACGAUCUCUGGUUAGCGCCCAUGGAAGACUGCCAUAAAGAGCUGGUUAUCAGCCACUAUCGAAGACUGAACAAGAUCCUCCAUGAGGGAGACGAAGCAGCGAUCGGGAUCUACACUAACAAGCAAGCGGCUCGAGAACAACUUGCCCGCAUGACUUUGAUAAUAAGAGACUACAUGAACUCGGCAUGGCCCGACACGAUCGAGUCCAUGGUCGCAGAUGUUGUCGACGCAAGUUUCUCGAUCUGUGGCACACAAUCGUCAUUCUACCAACCCACCUUCGUCAACUCGGCGCUCUGGGGCCGUGAGCAAGAAAUCGCGGCUUUGAUGCAAGAGCUCAGCGCACGGGAUGUGGACGAUGUGAUGGAACUAUGGAGCAUAAUUCCCGACAAAACGAACAAAGUCGUUCCUGAUACCAGUGCCGUGGAAGAUAUCGGGGAGAGUGUCGAUUGGAAUAAUGUGCUCUUCAGGUCUCGGUCUGAGGACAACAUUGCUCAUCGGCGGCAGGAUUUUACAAUCGAGGACCAGGAGCUUUGGGAGGAGGAUCUUUUGAGUCUAGAGUUGGAGCAGUUGGAUCUUGCUUGGCCGCCUGUGUUUCGAGAUCCUGAGCCUAAUGUUGGGAGGCAGCGGAGACGGACGAGCACGGCGGCUUCGAUGACAACAAGACCGUCGAUUGCCAGGGCAACGACAGAUGAUAUUGUACUAGAGCCAUGCUCUGAGGCGGAGACUGCUGGCGCAAAGGCUUGA